CCAAAACCAUUGAAACCAUUAUUUUAAGUUCCUCUCUCUCUCUCUCAAUCAUUCUCUUCUUUUUAACUCUCUUCUGGGGUCACAACCAAUCAUCGCCACGCUCUUGCUCUGCUUCCCCCUUUCUCAAAAGAUUCCCCAUUUUCCUCUCAUCACAUUCACACACUCUUCUCUUCUCUUUUCUUCACUCUUUUCAUUUCCUUCUAUACCCAUGUUCUAUUAGGUGCCAAAGGACCAACUUUUUGUGUUCCUCGUGCCUCUCUUUUUCUUCAAGCUUUUAGGGUUUCUGAUUUUCUGCACCCCUUUUCAGUUUUGUUUUUCAGUUGAAUUUGGUUUAGCUUUGAGUGCAGCGGUUGUGGUGAUUGAGGGUUCAGUUAUGGUUGGUUGCUCUCUAGUGUUUGACUUUAUGAUUUAGGGUUGAAGGAUUUUUGUGCUGUUUAAUCAUGAGAGAAUGGAGUUGGUUUUUUUAGUUAUGAUCACUUUAUCCAAUGUGAGGCAGAAAGGUGAUGCAAUGAAGCAGUCUUUUGAUCACUCUUUUUUCGGGCCUUCCAAGAUUCCACCUAUUAAUGUACCUGGAAACUCGGGGCAUGGGACGUUGGAAGUUUUAUCUGGAUCUGAUUCAUACCAUGCUUCAUCUGAUGCUAGCCUCUUUUCUAGCUCAUUACCUGUUCUUCCACAUGAAAAAUUGAACUUAAAUGAAGCUGAAAAUGGUUUUCAAUCUGUUGACGACAUUUCACCUGGCUUUAAAAAGUGUCAUCAAGUGGUAGAGUUGAAUGGUUCCCUUGAAGAUGAUAAUAAUCAUGAAAUUGGAAGCAUGCUUCCUGAUGAUGAUGAUGAGCUUUUGGCUGGCAUAAUGGAUGAUUUUGACUUAAGUGGUUUACCUGGUUCCCUUGAAGAUUUGGAGGAGUAUGAUCUUUUUGGUAACAGUGGAGGUUUGGAACUAGAAAAUGAUCCAAAGGAAAGUCUCAGUGUUGGAAUAUCUAAUUUAAGCUUCUCUGAUAGCUCUGUCGGCAAUGGUUUGCCUAAUUUUUCUUUACCUAAUGGUGCGGGAGGCGGAGCUGUUGCCGGAGAACAUCCAUAUGGAGAACAUCCUUCUCGAACAUUGUUUGUCCGAAAUAUUAACAGUAAUGUCGAGGAUUCCGAGCUGCGGACUCUUUUUGAGCAAUAUGGUGAUAUUAGAACCCUAUAUACUGCAUGUAAACACAGGGGGUUUGUAAUGAUAUCCUAUUAUGAUAUCCGGGCUGCUCGAACAGCUAUGCGUGCAUUACAAAACAAACCUUUGCGGCGGAGGAAACUUGAUAUUCACUUUUCAAUACCAAAGGAUAAUCCAUCAGACAAGGAUAUCAAUCAAGGAACCUUGGUAGUUUUCAAUUUGGAUCCGUCGGUUUCAAAUGAAGACCUCCGCCAAAUAUUUGGGGAUUAUGGAGAGGUCAAAGAGAUAAGGGAAACUCCUCACAAGAGGCAUCAUAAGUUUAUUGAAUAUUAUGAUGUCAGAGCUGCAGAAGCAGCACUUAAAUCUUUAAAUAGGAGUGACAUAGCUGGUAAGCGCAUUAAGCUUGAACCAAGUCGGCCUGGAGGAGCUCGUCGCAAUUUGAUGCUCCAACUGAAUCAAGAGCUUGACCAAGAUGAGUCUCGAAGUUUUCGACAUCAAGUGGGUUCUCCUCUAGCCAACUCUCCGCCAGGUAGUUGGUUACAGUUCAACAGCCCUGUCGAGCAGAGUUCAUUGCCAACUAUGAACCAUUCUCCUAGUUCUAGAAUCAUGAGCCCAACAACCGGAAAUAGUUUACCAGGAUUAGCUUCAAUUUUGCAAUCACAGGUAUCAAACACAGUGAAGGCUGCAACUAUUGGCAAGGACAUAGGAAGUAAUCACAGAGACCACCGAAUUCCCAAUAUGAAUUCAUCCUCUGGAUCUACUUUUAACUCACAUUCACUUCCAGAGCCAAAAUUUAGUCAAUAUCGCGGAUCAUUGUCCUCGCUUGGUGCAUCAACAUCUAAUGGAUCUUCAGUGGAAACCUUGUCCGCUCCACAGUUUCUAUGGGGAAAACCAAACCCUUACUCAGAGCAUACCAAACCUUCGUCUUUGCCAAGACCAUCUGUUGGACAUUUACUUAGUACAUCGAAUGGAAUGAGUCGUGCUUUCCCAUACUCAAGUCAGAACAAUCCCUUUGUCAGUACGUCCCAACAUCAUCAUCACGUAGGUUCUGCUCCAUCAGGUUUGCCUGUUGAGAGGCACUUCGGUUUUUUUCCCGAGUCACGUGAAACUUCAUUGAUGAAUAAUGUUGGCUAUAGAGGCAUGAGUUUAGGGCAGAAUGAUGGAAAUUAUGUGCUUAAUGUGUGUGGAUCUGGUAAUGCUGGUGUUUCUAUUCCAAGAAGUAUGCCUGAAAACGGUUCAUCAAACUUCAGAAUGAGAUCUUCUCCUAUACUUAGUCCAGUAUUUUUGGGUAGCGGUCCUUAUCCAGGACUACUAACUACUGCUAUGGAGAGUUUGACUGACCAUGUUAGGAGUAGAUGGAUAGAGAACAAUGGAAGCCAAGUUGACAACAAGAAGCAAUUUCAGCUUGACUUGGAUAAGAUCAAAAGCGGUGAAGAUACAAGGACUACAUUGAUGAUAAAGAAUAUCCCAAAUAAAUACACCUCAAAAAUGUUGUUAGCUGCAAUUGAUGAAAAUCACAAGGGUACCUAUGAUUUUCUCUAUCUGCCAAUUGACUUUAAGAAUAAAUGCAACGUUGGUUAUGCAUUUAUCAACAUGCUGUCACCCUCGCAUAUUAUUCCAUUCUACGAGACAUUAAAUGGGAAGAAGUGGGAGAAGUUUAAUAGUGAAAAAGUUGCUUCUUUGGCAUUUGCUCGAAUCCAAGGAAAGAAUGCUCUUGUGAGCCAUUUCCAAAAUUCAAGUUUGAUGAAUGAAGAUAAGCGCUGCCGCCCUAUUCUCUUCCACUCAGAUGGUUCUGAAGUUAAUGAUCAGAUCAUACAAGAGCAUCUUCCCUCCAAUUCCAACAACAUAUAUAUUCAGGCAGUUAAGUCAGGUGAAUUACAAUUAAGCUAUUCUCUCGGAUACCCUCCAAAGGACGGUCCUCCUGUGAGUUUGGAUGCAAAUUAACAUUAUAUCUGAAGGUGUAGAGUUUGCUAACAGAAGGAUGUAGAUUUUGUAUCAUAAAGUAUUUUGCCAGCAAGCUUUAGAAAGUUUUGGAGCAUUUUGGUUGAUUUUCAGCACAGGUGGUAGCAAAAGCUGAAGAGUAUAGCAAAUAGAUCUUCAGUUUUGCUUUUUUUUUUUGGUGGUUUGUGAUUUGAAUGUUAAUAUAAGAGGUUAGAGUUUAGUUAGGUUUAAGAUUAGGGGUUGGUAAGAUUACAUGGGGUACAUAAUUGUAUGUAGAGAGAUUAAAAAAGACAUCUUUCUAUAUUCCUCUAAUGUAUGUAUCAGUACUCUUGAAAACGAAGUGCUUAUUAACCUCCACAAAUCAAAUUAAUUAUUAAAUA